CGUCAUUCAUUAAUCAUUUUCAUUUUUGUGGAAGAGGAUGAUCGCAGUGGUCUCGCUCAAAUAGUUUUAUUUUUAUUCUUGUAUAAAGUGGUAGUGAGUGAAAAGUGCAUAUACGGUUCUAUAAAAAGAAAACAAUUUAACUCAAAAAUGUUUAGCUGGCUUAAGAAAGAAGGUGAAAAAACAGAAAGUAUCGAAAAUGUCGUGGAGGGUCUCAAAAGGAUAUACAAAACUAAACUAUUGCCGCUCGAGCUGCACCAUCAGUUCCACGACUUUCAUUCGCCCCAACUGGAAGAGCCCGAUUUCGAUGCUAAACCUAUGAUAUUGCUCGUCGGACAAUACUCGACGGGUAAAACUACUUUUAUCAAAUACCUUCUAGAGCGAGAUUUCCCCGGAAUUAGAAUAGGACCCGAGCCCACUACGGACAGAUUUAUCGCUGUUAUGUUCGAUGAGAAAGAGGGUGUAAUACCCGGUAAUGCGCUCGUAGUAGACCCCAAAAAGCAAUUUCGACCUCUAAGUAAAUUCGGAAACGCCUUCCUGAACAGAUUCCAAUGCUCGACCGUUGCGUCGCCGGUGUUGCGGGGCAUUUCCAUCGUCGACACGCCCGGUAUAUUGUCAGGGGAAAAGCAGCGCGUCGACAGGGGCUACGACUUCACAGGAGUUCUAGAAUGGUUCGCGGAGCGUGUCGAUCGCAUUAUAUUGUUGUUCGACGCCCACAAACUCGACAUAUCUGACGAAUUCAGGAGAAGUAUAGAGGCGCUGAGGGGUCACGAUGAUAAAAUUCGAAUUGUAUUGAACAAAGCUGAUAUGAUUGACCACCAACAGCUAAUGCGUGUGUACGGAGCGCUCAUGUGGUCAUUAGGGAAGGUGUUGCAGACCCCAGAGGUGGCUAGAGUGUACAUUGGCUCAUUCUGGGACCAGCCUCUGAGAUACGAUGUUAACAGACGUCUAUUUGAAGAUGAAGAGCAAGAUCUCUUCAGAGACAUGCAGUCCCUCCCCAGGAAUGCUGCUUUACGAAAAUUGAACGACUUGAUUAAAAGGGCGCGCCUCGCUAAAGUUCACGCGUACAUUGUCAGUGAGUUGAGGAAAGAAAUGCCAUCUAUGUUCGGCAAGGAUGGCAAGAAGAAGGAAUUAAUAAAGAACCUAGCUCAAGUGUACGACAGAAUUCAAAGGGAACAGCAGAUUUCGCCCGGAGACUUCCCUGACAUCAAGAAGAUGCAGGAGCUGUUAGCUAAUCACGACUUCACAAAGUUCCACCCACUGAAACCCAAGCUGCUGGAGGUGGUGGACCACAUGCUGGCCACUGACAUCGCGCGCCUCAUGGACUUGAUCCCACAGGAAGAUGUUAAUGUUGUCAACGAGCCUCUCAUCAAAGGCGGCGCGUUCGAGGGCGUGGAGGACCAGGUGUCGCCGUUCGGGUACGGGCGCGGCGAGGGCGUGGACGCGGGCCACGGCGACCCCGAGUGGAUAUGCAGCAAGGAGAAGCCGCACUACGACCAGAUCUUCCAGUCGCUCGGGCCCAUCGACGGCAAGGUCACCGGCGCCGCGGCGAAGACGGAGAUGGUGAAGUCGAAGCUGCCCAACUCGGUGCUCGGUAAGAUCUGGAAGCUGUCCGACAUCGACAAGGACGGGUUCCUGGACGAGGAGGAGUUCGCGCUGGCCAUGCACCUCAUCCGCGUCAAGAUCGACGGCCACGACCUGCCCGCCGACCUGCCGCCGCACCUCGUGCCGCCCUCCAAGCGCAACUAGCUCUGCCCUCGGCUCUGCUCACACGCGGCUCCGGGACGUAGAGCUUCCAGUGUCCCUGGUGGCACCCGGAGCUCUCGCGCCCGUACAGUUCAGCCGAUGGCUCUAGGGCUCCGGUGUCGCCGGUGGGCGCCAAAUAACUGCGGCCCGCGAGGUGCCACGCAUUGUGGCGUUUAGACUUUCAAUUUUGGGGCGUGUUAUUUGGCGCCCACCGUGUCGCGUUUCGGCCCCUGCUUACUCUUGUUUUUAUCGGUUUUCUCGUAAUCAGUAGAUGUAUGCACAAGUAUUGAAAAUUUAGCUUUUGUGUCGUUCCGUCUCCCGCUAGAUGGAAAUAUUGUUGAAGCAGUGGUCGAAACGCGAGCGCGGUUCCCGGUGAAACGCGACCUUUAUAUUAUGUAAUGUGAAUGUUAGUGAUGCGGCUCCAUCGAUUGUUGGCAUAAUAUUGGACGGAUGAGACUGUCGCUUCAACAUAUUUCUUUGUGCUAGAUAUCCUUAUUUUUCCGAUAUUGUUUGUGUGGGUUCGCGUCGCUGGUGAGAGCGAGGCCGACCGAAUGUUGACCGUGUGUGACACAUUGGUGUGCAAUAAAUUUUAAACGACAUUUGCGUCAGUCCGAUCAUUUUAUACGAGAAAAUAAUGAGACAAAAUAGUUUUAUAAAAGUUAUUUUAUUUUAGAGACGGUCGCCGAUGUAAUUUUAUUAUAAUUUAUAUUAUCUAGUUAGUUUUUACUUAAUUUAUUCAGUCAUGUUUUCAUUUGGUGCUUUAAUUUUUGCGUAAAAUUUAUUUACGAGUGUUAUGAAAAUUAUUUAAUUUUAUCAUCCUCUUAUCGUGCACGAUCAUUGACUUUAAGUCUUUAACCGAUAUUGUUUAAAUAUAAUUUGUUCCUAUUACUAAUGUGUGUAUUAAAUCCCUGAAUUCCAAAGUCCAAAAUAAACUGAAUAUUAUGUUGUUACGUUGAAUCAACUGAAGCGAGUUAAUGUUAAUCUCUGUGUACUUAGUAUAGGCCUGCCCUGAAACCCACGAGUAACAAUUAUUUGCAGCAUUUACUAUGAACUUGAACGAUUCCUAGUGCCUUUGCAUUGAAGCUUAUUAUUUAAAUUUAGACGUUGCAAUCGUAAAAUAUCGUUAUGUAUAUUGUAUAGUUGAAAGCUUACAUCUGUCUAUAUCCCGAGGGGUCUAUAUGUAAAUAUGAAAGUUUUUAUGGUUAUGUUUUUCGAAUGUGUGUUCGCGCCUUUUUGAGCGCCCCUGCGCUGUAAAAGACACGACAUAUUUUUACAUUUUGCUACUGUAUGUACAUAAUAUAACUAUGUAAAUGUAUUUAUCAUAAAUUAUACACAGAGUGUAAUAAAUAGUUAAGAAAUCAA